AUGGCUGAGAUCGAAGCCGCGGCCGGCGCGGACGAAUCGUUCGCGCAGUCCGAAACCCACGACGAGCAACAAAUCCACAAUAUGACGGUUGGUACGAGACGCCAACCGAACGGGACGAUAGGGUCGGUCUAUUCGGGAAACAAAAUUAGACAUCUGAAGAAGGAGGACGGUAUCCCUCUGUGGCGCAAAGAUAUUCAGUUCCAGUUCCUUAAGCUUGUCUUUGAGGACAAGACCCCAGUCUUCACCCGCUGGCCUGAUGGACAGAAGAAUUUGGAUUUUGCGGAUAUUUAUAUUGAUGCUAUGGCUAAGAGCAGCAAGACUAGCAAGAUCCUCAAGGAUAAGCUUCAAAGUGAUAAACAGGCGGCAAUCAACAUGGCCAUGGUUUGUCUGCUGGUCAACUUUGGAAGGAUGAAUACCACUCUCAACUUCUUUCCUGAAAUGCGUGCUCAGUUGCGAACCUACCACUCCAUCCCUUCGUUACAAGCGCACCAGGAUCCGAACGCGUACAAACAGCUGCAGGAUGCUCCGCGCCUCAAGUCCAUACUCAAGGGUGCAUCGGAGGAUGUCGAUCAGCCCAAUACUUUAGAAAAGAUCAAACGCGAAAAUGUGCCUCGAACCAACCCCGUGAACCUGAUCUUCGUCCUCGCACAAUAUGCUCCCAAGGUAUCCGAGGUGCACUUCUUCCCUCCCCGCGAUUUUUUCGAUCUUGUUAUGAGAUCCACAUUGAGCAGUCAAAGCCGCGCAAAGGCCUUCCUUUGGCUCAUGUGGUGGUACCUGGAGAGCGACUUUUCUCGUGAAGCUGCGAUGAACAACCCCUUCGGUCCCGGUCUUGAGGGUGAAGGGACCGGUGGUUUGCCGCUCAAGGUCCCGGCUUAUGAGAUUCUCACCGAGGAGCAGGCGAAUGAAGAAAAUGUCGAUACGCAAUCCGAGAUUGAGUAUGGAGAGGAGAAGCGCUUAGAACGCAAGCGAAUCUUAGAAGAAGAAGAACCUACACCCAGAGCGCCAAAACGUCCUAAGAAGGACUUUCGAAAUCCCGAUGGAACGAUUCGCUCUACCAUGAAGAUGCCUCGAGACGACGAAUAUGGCUACCAACCCGCCGGCCUCGAAGGCCCAUCCCCACGCGUCUUGAAGACAAAGGCAGAGCACACCCCCGAUACUGCUUCGCCGGCGCCCCCAGGCUCAGGUCAUCCUAUCCUGAAUCGAUUCAUUACUGAAGCUUCGCCACAUCAUCAUCAAUCUUCGAGCCGACGACCCCGGCCACUUACGCAACACCAAUUGGCAGUAGAGCGAAAUCGCCGACAACGAAUCGAAUACAUCCUAGCCAAACGGAAAAGUGAUGCAUAUCGUGAUCUUCGUGAGAAGAGGGAGAACGAAAUCCCAUUUAUUCGGUAUGGCCGCUUGCUGCAGAAUCUUCCGGAUGGUUACGAUACAGAGGAUGAAAAAUCAUGGGGAAAGGCCGGGAUUCUGCCGAACCCAGAGGAUGAAGAGGACUUUGGCGAGUGCGCAAACUACUUUCUGUCUGUCAUCCGGAAAGCGUCCAGACGACUAGACCGCUGGGACUAUGAAAAUGCAAACGGACCGCGAAGGGAUCGGAAGAAGGAGCGGGAAGAACGUCAGAAAGCCAGGGAAGAAGCUAUGGACUUUGAGGAUGCUUUAGAGGGUAAGAUGUCUUCUCGAAGCAGAGCUCGGGCUCAACGCAAUGCCAAGCGCAAGCUCGCUCGGGCCGCCGCCGCCGCUGCUGCGACGUCGACUCCAACCGGUGCGGCUUCCAAGGCGUCAGCAUCCCGUGCCAAAGGCGGCCGCAGCCGGAGUAGUAAGGGCGCGGGCGCAUCUACGCUCGGAGCCGAUAAUACUACCGGCUUGCAUACGCCAGGGCGAGAUGACGGACUGUCUCCGGCGCCCGGAGAGAUCGAAGGAGAAGAGGGACUUGAUGAUAUUGAUCGUGAACUUUUGGGCGAGGGUAGCGGCGAUGAAGAUGACAUUUCUGGAGCAGCCCAAGCACUACGUCCCGGCGAGCCAGGUUACGAAGACAGCCUCUUGGGCGGAGACGGGGAUGAGGAUGCCGAUGCCCUGUCGUCUGAUGAAGAAGAAGACGAUGACGGUGAAGACGAGGAGCUCGACGAGAAUGAUGUUGAUAUGGAUGUGGAGGGCGAUGCCGAUGAGACCUCAUCCAUUCCCGACGGCGGAGAGCGCGAUGCGGCAAGUGAGGUUUCGGGUGCCGACUUUGAGAGACCGGGAUGGGCUUGA